ACUGUGUUUCUACUGCUGACUGUAAACCUGUUAUAAUCUGGGUGUUAUUUUUCUGAUCAUGAAAAAUGUCUAAAGACUGAAUCCUGCCCAUGGAUCAUUAGAAAACAGACAAAAAUCUGAUAAAUGAGAAUUUGACAUUUGUUUAAGGAAAUACUGGAUUGGACUUUCUUUUUGAAAAUCUUCAUUAACACAAACGGAGGUACUAUAGAUGGAAGAAUCAGAAACUGUAGGGUCUGAUCAGCGCGGUCACCGUCACUCAGAUGGAGAGGAAGUCAGUGCGACCUGAGCAGGAUGGAGGGGGAGGAGAGUCUGAACAGCUGUUUUAAAGAAAAGAGAAGUUUAUGUUUGAGAGACGACAGAAACUCCAAGAGCCUCAAAUAUGAACGUCCUUCAAACUCUGAUCUUCUCCGUCCUCAGUGAGUACUUUCAUGUGUUUCUGUCCAGGUUUUAGUCAUGACUGUAUUUCCUCUCAUGGUCCUCAGUGUUUCUGUUUCUUAUGAGGGAUUUUAUGAUCAAAGUCACGGAUCAGAACCAGAUAACAGUCAUGAAUCGAUCGUCACUCAACUCAACUCAACUCAACUUUAUUUGUAGAGCACUUUAAAACAACCACAGCUGUACAAAGUGCUGUACAUAACAGGACAAAAACAACAAGAUAAAAAACAAUCAAGAAACAAUUAAAACAAUGGAUAAAAUAAAAGCAGAAUUAAUAAUAAAAUAUAGCUUCAAUGUUUUUAAAAACUAAUUUAAAAACAUAGAAACAAAUAACUAAAAACAAACCAUAAAACACUAAAACAGGAGCCGAGUCUCAUGGAGGGUUAAAAGCCAAUGAAUAAAAAUGGGUUUUAAGACGAGUUUUAAAAAUGGACAGUGUGGGGGCUUCUCUAAUUUGGAGGGGUAGCUUGUUCCAUAAAAUUGGGGCAGCAACAGAAAAAGAUCUAUCCCCUCUGAGCUUCCGUUUGGACCUCGGUACCUCCAGGAGCAGCUGAUCAGCUGACCUGAGGCACCGAGCUGGGGUGUAGGGGUGGAGAAGCUCAGAGAGGUAUGAUGGAGCCAGACCAUUUAAAGAUUUAAAAACAAAUAAAAGAAUCUUAAAAUGAACUCUAAAAUGCACAGGUAACCAGUGGAGGGAGGCCAGGAUGGGAGUAAUGUGCUCCCUCUUACGUACUCCAGUUAAGAGCCGGGCGGCUGCGUUUUGAACUAACUGGAGACGUGAGAGGGAGGACUGGCUGACUCCAAAAUAAAGUGCGUUACAGUAAUCCAGCCGAGAUGUAACAAAGGCAUAGAUUACUGUUUCAAAGUGCGUUCGUGAAAGGAAAGGCUUUGCCUUCGCCAGCUGCCUAAUAUGAUAAAAACUGGAUUUCACUACGGAGCUAAUUUGCCUGUCGAAUUUAAAAUCACUGUCCAUCUUAAAACCCAAAUUUGAGACGGUUGGCUUUAAAUAAUCUGCUAAAAUACCCAAGUUUACAGGAGGGGUUUCACAAGGGCCACUGGGACCAAAGACCAUCACUUCCGUUUUUUUUUCAUUGAAGUUUAAGAAAUUCAAAGCCAUCCAGGCUUUGAUGUCUUCAAGACACGCCAGAAGUGGAGUGAGGGAGAAAGCAUUUUUUUUGUUAAGUGGCACAUAUAUCUGACUGUCAUCAGCGUAACAGUGAAAUGAAAUGCCAUGCUUUCUCAAGAUGGAUCCCAGGGGCAGCAAAUAUAAAGAAAAGAGCAGGGGCCCUAAAAUCGACCCUUGUGGAACCCCAUACGGCAGUGGAGCAGAGCUGGACUCUGUAUCUCCAAGGCUCACGCUCAUAGUUCUGUCGGUCAAAUAGGACUUGAACCACUCUAGUGCAGUACCACGGACACCUAUAAGAUAGCUUAGCCGAGCCACCAGAGUAUUGUGGUCCACUGUGUCGAAGGCUGCAGUUAGAUCUAACAGAACAAGAACAACAUAAUCACCAGAGUCAUUUGCCUGGAGGAUGUCGUUAAAAACUCUUAUUAAAGCAGACUCUGUGCUGUGGCGAGAUUUAAAACCAGACUGGAAGACCUCCAAGACACCAUGCUCAUCCAGAAAGGACUUUAGCUGAACAUGAACAACUUUCUCUAAAAUCUUUGAAAUAAAAGGAAGCUUGGAGAUGGGCCUAAAAUUGGCCAGCACACUGCAAUCAAGGCCUGGUUUUUUAAGUAGAGGCUGCACCACUGCAUGUUUAAAACCUGGCGGAACAACACCAGAGGACAGACUGCUGUUUAUAAUAGCCAGAACAGACUGACCUAUGCAGGGGAAAACCUCUUUAAACAGCCUGGGAGGGACAACAUCACAGGGAGAACCUGCACAUUGAAAGAGGUUUUAUCGUCAUUCACAGUGAAAAUCUUCUGUUGUUAAAAUGAUCACAAACAGCUUUUGGUUAUUUAGAUAAAUUCAUAUCUUCUACUGUCUGUCAGUGUUUCCUCGUGUUACUUCACACUGACUGGGACUUUUUAGUCUUGCUGAAUGUUCACCGACCACAAACAUUGUGAGUUUUUUUUACUUUUUUACUUCCUCAAAACAAAGAGUCACUCAGGAAGGAAAAUAAAAGCCCAGAAAUGUGUCAAUGUUUUGAAUCAGACAUCAACUGUUUCUAUAAUUAACUGAUUACAGUGUGUGAAGAAAACAGAUUAAAUAUUACAUUAGAAAAAUAAUGUUCAAUUUUAAAUUUGACGCCAGCAACAAGUUUCAAAGAAGUUUGAAAUAGAGACAAGAAACCAGGAGAAAUCUGACUCUGAUGUGGACGUCACCGCAUGGGUUAGAAAACUUCAAAAACCAUCGUCUUUGAAACGCUGCAGACUUCUCCUGAGAAAACCGUCAAAAUCUGACAUCCUUCUUAGAAAAUCUUAGACGCUGAAUCCUCCAAGAGAGGCAGGGUUCAAAACCAGCACCCCUGAUGGUCUGGGGAUCUUCAGAGUCCGUGUCAUGGGAAUCUCUGUCGUGUCUUUGUUCUGAGAAAUGGGAACAAAAGAGAAUCAAUAAUCAGCAGGAUACCAUGGUGACAGGAUGUAAAGACAGUCAUUCCUGAUUGUGUUUCGUUUCAGCUGCUCUACUGGAUGCCCAAACAGUGUAUUACACAACAGCACUUGAAGGAGGAGACACCAAAAUUCACUGUCUGACUUCUGAAGCCAACGAGAGGAAGUUCUUCUGCAGAGAAGACUGCAAACAGAAUGACACCCUGGUGGAAACUCUAGGUGUGAGCGCUCAGAGCGACAGGUACAGCAUUGAAUGGGAGAGGAGAGGUCAAAGUUCAGUCGGAGAUGUUUUUAUAAAGAUCUCACAGCUGAAGAAGUCGGACUCAGGACAGUACACGUGUGGUGUCGGUCCACUGACAUCAGCUACAUACGAUUACAAUGAGAUCGUUGUUGUAGACGGUGAGUCCCUGACCUGUUUCAGUGUUCGUUUCUGGACAGAUUACUGUCCACAGAGUUUCUCCUACUAUCUGAUAUAAUCUGAAUCAUUCAAAAUGACCUUCAGUUGAGCCCUGAAGCUAAAAACAGACAGACUAAUGUGAUCUUUGACCAGGAUCUCAGAUAUUAACCUUUUUCAAAUCUGUUCUGCAGCUGAGCUGAGUGGAGGCAAGAGAGAAACACCAACUAUCUCUGCAAAAAGUGGAGGAGAUGUCAGAAUAAGCUGCCCUUUUUCAUCCUCUUUCCAUCAGUUAAGAAUAAGUGCAUUCCUCUGCAGGGUAGAAACUCUGCAGUGUUUGUUUGUUCCCACUAAAGUCACUGGAAACACUCGGCAGCAUGACAGAUACACCAUCAGAUAUGUGCAGUAUACUUCUGGAUCUGGGUUUGUGUACGUGAGCAUCUCACAGCUGAAGAAAUCAGACUCAGGGCGGUACAGAUGUGGUCUGGAGAGACAGGGGCUCUCAGAUAUCUGGAGUGUGUUUGACGUUGAUGUUUCAGACGGUGAGUUUCUUUUUAAAGUGAGUAACAAUGAUGAUAAUGUGCUGAUUCUGGGGAUUCAAUCUGUGGUGAAUAAAAGACUACAUUUCCCAUGAGCACCAUCAGCCACUGUGGAAGAAAUGAGCCCACUCUGAUCCCAUCUUUAUCUUCCAUGACUUUUUCACAGAACCAACCGUGGAAACCCAAACAUCAGCUCCAGAAAACUCCAAACCAGGAACAACACCGAGCAAACCUGCAGCCCCCCCUAAAACCACUUUAAGAUCAACUACAGGUACGCUCACACUCCGGUCUGUUUUAUUAAACUGUCUGAUUUUACACUAACAAACACGGAUCUCAGAGACAGAGGAGAAAGAAAGUCAAGAAACAAACAAAAACCUGUUUGUCCAUCUCCGACAGACACGCUGCUGUACGUGGGACUGACUCUGGUGGUUCUGCUCGGCCUGUUCCUGCUGGUUUUGCUGAUAUUCUACAAAAGGAAGUCUUCAAAACCAAAAGGUGAGGCAACUGGAAAUGAACCCUCACAGACAGGAAACCACGCCGCUAACACUUUGCUAACAGUGUUAUUUCUAUCUUCCACCUCAUCCUUCUCCACACACAGUAAUUGCUCAACCACCCACAGACCGAUUUACUCAUGUUGUUUGUGUCAGUAGUCAUGCUCUCCUGUUCGUCUAAAACCUGUGUGUUAAGAAAUCCUGUUUGUUGAUAUAUUUAAAGCUUGAAAACAUUGUCCACUAUCCCCGACAGAGCGACAGGAAAACCUCCAACAAGCACCAGAGGAAACUUCCAAACGACCAAAAGGUAUUCAGACCGCCACCAAACCAAACAAAACCUUAAAUGCACAAUCAAAGGUGCAUUUAAACAAUUAAAUCAGGUGCAAAAAUCUCAAUAAAACUGCACAAGAGUACAUAAAACCACGCAGCCAACACUGAACAAACAAGGGAAACGCCGGCAGUUAGCGCCAUGACGGUCAAAAGCCUUUUGCCCUUCCGGGUCAAACACCUGCUGACACGGCUACCUUUAAACACGACAGCGACACCCAACGCACAAAAAGGGAACUGCAACUCCUAGUAUGUAUCACAGCAACGUAUUUGGCUCCUACACCAACAAAGUCUUUAUUAACCAGACUCCAAACGCCAGGAUUCUACUCCAGAAUGGUAGGCGGAUCAAAUACGCAAACAUGCAGCGCCCGCCGGAUCCGCUUGCUAUAUUACUGGUAUUCCUCACAAGACUGGACCAGAUCUCACCGUGAGACAUCGAAUGAGAUCAACGGUGUUUAUAAAUACCUACAUCCAACAACCCUGGCCCCUCCCAUUAUCACGUAAAGAACAGUUCAAGGUAUCGACUUUAUUUUAUUUUGAAGGUUCACCGGAUAUUUUACUUUGUAGCUGCAUUAAACUGCUGGUGCAGCGCUGAAUUGAUGCGCUGAAUUGAUGCGCUGUGCCGCAGCGACCAACAAAAAUAGAGGCCAUGGGUAUCUGGUCUGAGCAGCAGAGCGGAGCUGCAGCGGAGCUGGGCAGCGAAGUAUGUAGGAUAACACACAUUGAUUAUAAUGCUUGCGUAUUUGAUCAGACUUCCAUUCUAGAGCGGAGCGCAGCCGUUUCAUAUCCUGUGGAAUUUAACCAAAAGGCUGAGAGGAAAACUGUAAAAGGCCACAUUAGAAACAGAACCUGAGGUGACUUAAAAACAGUCAAAGGGACAUGAAGAUAACUGCUGAACAGCACCGAAAAAAACACGAGAGAGUUCGAUAAAAAAAUAAAACAGGCUUUAAAGUGAAAAAUCACAGGAGGGUCGAUCAUCUUAAAGACAGUCACCCUUUAAAAAAGGACUGUAAAUGGACUCUGUAAAACCUCAGAAGUCCUCCUCAGGAGAAAAUACGUCUCAAACUCAGGAAAUACUUUCUGUGUGACAAACUGAGUCGCUUCCUGGUAAAAUCAAAUCUUCACGAGUUUACUCUCAUCUGGUUUCUGUUUGCAGACCCUCCUGUUGAACCAGAGUACGCUUCCAUCACAGAGGUAGGAGUGAGGACGUUAUUAAUAUAUAGAAAAUGAUCUUUUAUGAACACAGAAACGAUCCUCUCCUCUCCUGCAGAUCAACAAAGCCAAAUAUACAAAACCAAAAAGAAUGGAAGUCAGCAGUGAUUACAGCUCGGUCCUUGGACCUGAAACUCAGCACACAGUGAGUAAACCAGCAGACCUUUGACAUACACAAAACUCUGAGGUAUAAAACUUUACUCAUUUAAGAGGAGGAGAGUAAACUUCAUCAAAAAGAAACUCUAAUCUGUGAUAGAUUAGGGCCUGUGUCCACUCGCACUGAGAUGCAGUGAGUGUACACAGGCCCUUAAUCCCACAAACUGGCUUCACUUUUUGUUUCUUUCACAGGCUGAAGACGACUCAAGUAAACUCACUUACUCUGAGCUGGAUUUCUCUAAUCGGACAGCCAGCUCGCUCAACAGCGCCCCCGGUGGUCAUCCCAACACUGUUAUCUACUCCACACCUCGAUAGAAACAUUUUGACAUCAGCAAUUAUUGUAUAUUUCUUUAUUCAGAGCUGUGGCCGCCAUGUUUCUGCUAAUGAAGAGUUUACUGAGUAACAUGAAGAUAAACUUGUAAAAUUGAGCAAGAAAACAUUUUUUUUUAUGUAGAAAAGGAAGUCAAAGUGAAAAACAAACUUUACUUGAUUUCUAAUGGACUCAUAACUUCAAAAAUCAACAUUUGUGGUGAGGCUCAACAAAUACGUGUUUGUACAGAUUAUAAGAUUAAAACAAUGUUAAUAUACAGAUUAAAAUGCAAUCAUAAAACGAG